AUAGGCAGCACCCUUGUGAGGGGAAACAAGAGUCAGCUUCGCGGAGAGGAGAGAAGAAAAAAGAGCUGGGGCGCAAACAAAAGAGAGAACAUGGAUGAAGCAGGAAAAUGUCUGUUUAAAAAGGCAGCGCAGCGGAGGCUUUGGUCAUCCUGCACAUAGUCCGCCCGUUUUGUGGAUGCCGUGGUUUGGAGCUGUUGCGCGGGGAGCUCUUAAGGCGGAAAGCGGUUUUUAAUCCGUCUGUGAAUGUUGCCAGCUUGCGAUGGCUGUUGCAGGGCGAUGUAGCUGCAUAAAAGAGAACGUGCCUCUUUGUUUUUGUUUCUUCAUUGUUGUACUAAGUGUCCUUACAAAUGCACAAAUACGCUACAACAUUCAGGAGGAGCUGGAGAGCGGCACUGUCGUUGGUGAUCUUGUUCGGGAUCUCGGGCUGGAUCUGCGAAAGCUUUCGGCUCGUCGGAUCAGAAUCAGCUCCGACAGUGCGAGGCGAUACUUCAGCAUCAACCACAAAACUGGUAAGCUUGUUAUAAGCGACCGGAUUGACCGCGAAACGCUCUGUGAAUUCAGCGGCACCUGCACGCUUAGUCUCGACGUGGUGUUAGAAAACCCAUUUGAACAGCACAACGUGGAUGUUGAGAUUUUGGAUGCAAAUGACAACUCGCCGCUUUUCCCGCGAGACGAGUACCAGUUGGAGAUCUCCGAGGGCGCACAGCCAGGCGCGCGGUUUUCCAUUGAGGGCGCGCAGGAUUCUGACGACGCCUCAAAUUCCGUGCGCCAUUAUCGCCUCACCUCAAACGAACACCUGGCGCUCGAUUCAACCAAACCACCUGCGGACGGAAAACACAUAGAGCUCGUGCUGAAAAAGCCUUUCGACCGUGAGCUUUUGCAGUCGCACCAGUUUCUACUCACCGCUACUGACGGCGGAUCUCCUCCGCGCUCAGGCACAGCUAAAAUCAACGUGCGCGUUUUGGAUACAAAUGACAACGUGCCAGUCUUCGGCAGUUCCGUAUACAAAGUGAAACUGCGGGAAGACUCUCCUGUUGGCGCGCUGGUAAUUAAAUUAAACGCCACAGAUAGAGAUGAGGGCUCCAAUGGGGAGGUGUAUUACUCAUUUAGCUCUUACACGCCAGAUAGAGUGAGGCAGGUGUUUUCUGUAGACACAGACAGUGGAGAAAUUAGAGUUAAAAGCAAUGUGGACUAUGAAGAAACCAACAGCUAUGAGAUGUAUAUCCAGGCAGCAGAUAGAGGCCAAGGGGCCGUAGCAGUACACUGUAAAGUGGUGGUGGAGGUGCUGGAUGUGAAUGAUAACCCUCCUGAGAUUGUGCUCUCCUCACUCUCCAGUCCAGUUCGGGAGGACGCUCGUGCAGACACUGUGGUGGCUUUAAUAAGCAUAAAUGACAAAGACUCUGGACAAAACAAGCAGGUCAGCUUGGACAUCAUCCCCCCAAAUCUACCUUUUAAAAUCAAAUCAUUCCGAAACCAUUACACCAUUGUUACCUCUGCCUUCCUGGACCGGGAGACAAUAGCAUCAUACAACGUCACAGUUACAGCCACGGAUGGUGGAACGCCACCUCUUUCAUCGUCAAUGACGGUACGAGUAGAAGUGGCAGACGUAAACGACAAUCCACCACGUUUUGAACAGACUUCAUACACUGUUUAUGUCUCAGAAAACAAUGCACCCAGUGCACCUUUGUGCAUAGUCAAGGCAACAGAUCCUGAUGCCGGUGAGAACGCUCGCAUCACAUACAAUGUCCUAAAUGACAACAACCAUGGUAUUUCAGUGGCAUCGUAUGUUUCUGUCAAACCUGCCUCAGGUGAGGUGUAUGCACUGCGAUCGUUUGACUUCGAGAAGUUGCGUGAGUUUCAUUUCCAGGUUAAAGCUCAAGACAACGGUGUGCCACCUUUGAGCAGAGUGGCAACUGUUUAUAUUUACAUCAUGGACUCCAACGACCACAGCCCGCAAUUUGUUCUCCCAGCGGCAAACGGCUCACACUCCACAGAGACUAUUUUGCGUAACUCAGAGGCUGGAGUCCUUGUUUCCCGUGUCCUGGCUUGGGACUUAGAUGCUGGAGAAAAUGCCUGGUUGCUAUACAGCCUCCAUCACCCGCUGGAAUUGGACGUGUUUAAGGUGCAUGAGUACACAGGUGAAAUCCGCACAACACGGCGAGUAAACGAGGACAAUUCUACUGUAUUUAGCCUCACAGUGCAUGUACGAGAUCAUGGUUUGCCUCCCCGCUCUGCAUCUACAACAAUCAACAUUGCCGUUAUGGAGCUCCCACCCAAAGUGGCCCCAGACCCAAAACGCAUUAUCAGGCCACACGGCACAAUGAUAUUCUCCCAUGUAACCCUCUAUCUUAUCAUUGCCCUGAGUGCAACCACCUUUGUUUUCUUGCUCACCAUCUUCGUCCUAGCAAUUGUUCGCUGCCAUGCCUACUGCAGCCACCCAGAUGCUUGCUCCUGCUCACCUUGCUGUGGGUCCAAGAAGAAAAAGAAGACUACAGUGAAGAAGGCACCCAAAGACGGUGGAGGUGGUAGUGUGGCUGCAGGUGGUGGAGGAGGUGGAGCCGCAGGUGGAGGUGGUGGCGCUGCUGGCGGGGUCACAGUCCAGCAACAGUCUGCGGUGAUGCGGAGAGACCUGAAAGUGGAACCACACUACAUUGAGGUCCGAGGAAAUGGCUCUUUAACCAAAACAUACUGCUAUAAGACCUGCCUGACCGCCACCUCAGGAAGUGACACCUUUAUGUUCUACAAUACGGGUCGGCCGUUGAGUGGGACUUGGGGCUCGGGGGCAGACCGUUUCUUCACAGGACAGAGUGGGCAGUUUGUGCGCAGACUGAGCAUGCCCGAUGCUACGGCAAUACAGCCUAAAGCUCCCAAUACAGACUGGAGAUAUUCAGCAUCCCUCAGAGCAGGCAUGCAAAGUUCGGUCCAUAUGGAGGAGUCAUCCGUGAUGCAGGGUGCUCAAGGAGUUCUGGUUCAGAACUGGCCCACCGUCUCCAGUGCUCCUGAUAAUGAAGGUGGAGAGGUCUCUCCCCCUGUAGGUGCUGGAGUGGACAGCAACAGUUGGCAUUUUCGAUAUGGGCCGGGUCCGGGAGGCCCUCCACAUCUGAAACCCGGUGAAGUUCCUCCUGAAGCCUUCAUCAUCCCCGGUUCUCCGGCCAUUAUUUCCAUCAGACAAGGACAAGACGGAGAUGACAAGAGCGACUUUAUUACCUUUGGAAAAAAGGAGGAGGCCAAGAAGAAGAAGAAAAAGAAGAAGGAGAAGAAGGAUAAGCGGGAGAAAGGGAAAGAUGAUGAUGAUGAUUAGAGAGACAGAGGAAGGAGUUAAAGAAAGAGCUGAUUUUUUAAGACAGAAGUCUCAACAAAAGUCUGUAGAACAAAAUGUG